AUGGAAGAUGGCUAUAUAUAAGAGCUUUUUAAGCUAUUUCGAGAAUCAUAAUGUGUUUAACCUCCAAAAAAACCAUAAAGUGCUUAUGAAAGAUUUAAUGGAAAUUAUGAAAAAGCAUGUUAAGAAAAAAAUCUAAAUCAUAAUUCUGAAUUAUCAAAAAAAUAAUGGGAAAACUUAGAAAAAGAACUUAAAGAUGGUAAGAUUAAGUUAGAUUUUAGAAUAUUAUCGAUUAUCAAAGUAGGAAGAGGAACUUUAUGAUUAAUUGCUCCGUUAAUAUCAUUCCAUUUCUAGUCUGAUUAAAAAAAAGAAAGCAGAUGGAUCUGUAUUUUUUUUUUAAGAAAAAGGGGUAGAUAAAGGACUAACUAAUCUUUAAUAAUUAUGGGAUGAAUUAAAAGUUGAGGAAAAGUAAAUAUAUGGUUAAAGAGCAUAAUAAAAUUUUGAAGAAACUAUAAAAGUAUUCUAUAUAUUGACUUUAGGUUUAAAUAGAAGAUUAUAUAACAGAUUAUUAAGAUUAUUUAAAUCAACAAAACGAAAGACCGCGAGAUUUAUAAUUUGUAUAAAAAAUAGAAGAAGAAUAAGAUGAAAUAGAUUAAAUUGAUAUUAUUAUUGGUAUAAAGCGUACUAAUGGAAAAAAAGAAUAUUUGGUACGUUUUAAAGGUAAAACUGGAAAAGAUGCAAAAUGGUUCCCUAAAAAGAAAUUAAGAAAAGUGAAAGAAAUAGUUAAGAAAUUUGAGGAUACAUAUUUUAAAUAAUCAUUUUAAGAUAAUGAAUCCAGUAGUGGUUUUGAUUCAACUCCAGCUGAAGAAAUUUUCUAAGAAAAUUAAAUAGAAGAUAAUUAAUAGAAUCAAUAAUAACAAUAAUAAUUAUAAUAAAAAUAAUAACAACAAUAAUAAUAAUAAUAAUAAUAAUAAGAUAAAGAAGAAGAAAAUAAAAUUGAAGAAAUGGAAGAAGAAAAAGAAUAAAUUGAAAAAUAAAAAGUAAAACCUAAAGUUUAAGCAUAAAAAAUAAAUUAAAUUAACAAGUAAUAAAAAAAUGGAGAUUAACAAAAAUCUGCUACUCCUUAAAAAAUUAAAUAACAAAUUAACACAUAAAUUAAAGAAAAGCAUAUCUAUAAUUCUAGAAGUAGUAAUAUAAUAAACAAUAAAACAAUAUCUACUCCAAAAAAGCAAUCCGAAAAAAUUUAAGAAUAGCCAAAUACAAAAAAUGAUAAAAUGAAAAACUAAAGAAAAUAAAGAAAUUAACCAUAAGAUGAUGAUAAAUAAUCAAAAUCAAAAAGUAAAGAAAUAUCUUUCAAUAAUUCUUUUAUAUCAAUUAAUGAAUUUAAAAAGUAAAAGGACAAUAUUAAGAGUACUAAAAUUGAUUAGACUAAAAUUUAAAGUAAAUAAUAAAAUUUAGAUUCUAAAUUAGAUUUAUCAAUAUGUAAAAGAGUUAAAAAAUAAUUAAAAGAAUCAUCUCCUUUAUAAUCUAAAUUAAAAACACCUUAAUUAUCUACAGUAAGAGAAUAAAAAUCGAUCAAAUAAAUUUCAUCAAAUUAGUCACCAGGAUAAAUUAAUUUAAAACUUAAUGAAUCAGCAAUUAUUACAAGAUAAGGAAGAAACAAAGAUAGAGACAUAGACUUAUUAAACACUUCAGCACCAUUAUUAUCAACAAAAAGAUAGAAUUCAAAAAAUUAAAAGUAAGAAAUAAAGGAAUUAAAAUUGUUUGCAAAAUAAAAAUAAAUAAUUUAAAAAUAAACUUUAAAUAAUUAAAAAUUUGUUUAAUCUAUAAAGAAUAGAAAUUAAAAUCAAAAAUAAGUUAACUAACAAAAAACAAAAACAAAGUAAUAAGAUUAAAACAAAAAAUCGAGUAGAUUAUAAAUAGGAAGAUCACAAACUAGAAGUAAAAGUCUUUAAUUAACUAAAUAAAUAUAAAAUAAUGAAAAUAAAAAGUAAAUUAAAACCAUAAAUCGUUCUCGAUCAGUAGAAGUGGCAAAAAUUAAAACAUUUAAAGUGGAGAAAAAUAAUUAAUAAAAUAGAAAUUCUAAGAAAGUUAUUGAAAAAAGUAAAAGUCCAAAAAAGAUCUUUCCAAUAAAUUAUUUAGAGAAAUCAUAAUUGAAAAUAGUAUUAUAAAAAGAAAAAUCACAAGCAAGUAAAAUUUAAUUAUAAAACGUAAAGUAAUAGAUUAAUGUAUAAAAUAAAAAUUUAAAAAGCACUUAAAGAUCCCUCAAAGCAAAACCUUAAACAAGAGAAACAAGAAAAAAUACUAAAAUUAAGAGUCCUAUAAAAAUCAACAAAAAAAUAUCAAAAAAGCAAAUAUAGAGCAAAGAAAAAGAGAAAAUUACUGAAAAAAAAUAAAAAAAAGAAUAAGUUAAUCAAAAAAAAUAAAAAUCUGUUGCAAAAGUUGUUACCAUAUAAACAAUGUAACUGAGAAAUAAAAACUCUUAGAAUAUGAGAUAAAGAAAGCAUUGA